AUGGCACCCAAGGUCAACUGCAACCCGCUCAAGCUGGCAAAAUGCCAUGCCUACUUCCAGAGAUCAGGCACAGCACACAACUCCAAAGAGCUGGAGAAGCAGCUAGUGGCAGCCUCCGGGAUCAGUGGCAUGCAAGUCAAAGACUAUCUUCAGACUCUCGUGGAUGAGAAUAAAGUCAGAUGUGAGAAGAUUGGCUCCGGAAACUGGUACUGGUCGUUUCCAUCUGCAAAUAAGAUUUCCAAGCAGAAGCUCCUGGAUGAAGCACAGUCCCUCCACAACAAAGUCGACGUCCUUGUGCAAGACCUCAGGAGCAAGAUCAUCGAGAAAGCCACCCAGCUUGAAGAGGAAGAGGAAAUGCUCGACAACCCAGGAGAGUCUCGUGCAGAAGUGGUGGCUGCCAAAGCCGAACUUGAAAAAGAGCUCAAAGAUCUGCAAAAGGAGCUGGCUACUUACAGCGAGAGUGAUCCCACCGAGGUGGAGCGCAAGAAAGUGGAGGCGAAAGUGUGGUACAAGGAGGCGGAUGAGUGCUCUGAUCAGAUCAACUCCAUAGAGGACUGGUACAAGAAGCAGGGCCACCACGACAUGGUGAAGGAGUUGCAGAAGGGACUUUAUGGCGAUGAGUAUGAUGAAGAAGAGGGCGGACUGCGAGACCUUGUUUUCACUAUCUGA